AUGCCUUCGGCUGGAGAAGCGGCGAAAAGUGUCGCUCCUGCCACGGCUGGGCAAGGCAUCGUCUUGCCGCCCAAUGCUACCAGGCUUGCUCAAACGGCUCAAUUAAGUGAGUGACGAGGAUUGCAGCGCAGCGCAGCGCUUAGCCAAGACCGAAGCUGGAGCUGCGGUCGUGCUCGCCAUUCAAAUGGGCUAGGACGGUCUGUUUCGUUUGCGCAACCGCAAGACCAUCCGACCUCUACUGACGAUUGGCGUCGCACACACUCCCUCACUUUAUCGUCCCACCUCAAGAUGCGCUCCUAACAAUCAUCAGGUCCAGCGCUACUUCUCGAUCUGAUUUCAUCUUUUACGCAGACAGGAUCAUACGUAUGGUAGUGGAGGAGGGAUUGAAUUAUUUGCCCACGCUCGAGAAGACGGUGCAGACAUCCACUGGUGGGGCUUAUGAUGGUAAGUUUGAUCUUCGAAUAUGCGCAUACAUCACACACAUACACACACACACACACACACACACAAAAAGAGAGCAUCGCAGCUGACGCACGUUGGCCAUUCGCGACUUGGUGUAAUGGCAGGACUGAAGUUUGAGGGGAGGAUCUGCGGAGUGUCGAUCUUGAGAGCUGGGGAAGCUAUGGAGAGUGGAUUGCGGGAGUGCUGCAGGAGCGUCAGGAUCGGAAAGAUUUUGUGAGUAGAUGAGCAUGUGCGCUUAGCGCUUCGGCCAAGCUGCUCGCGGUGGAAGAUCACGAGAAGACGCGCACAAAGUACGAGGGAGCGAAGCAAUGGGUCAUGCAUCUCAUCGGUGGAGCAUAGGUGCGCAGCAUCGCUCUGACUUUCGCGCCUCCGUGCCGCGCGCGAUUCCAAUCUGCAGGAUUCAGAGGGUGAGUGGAGCAAGCUUGAUCUUUAUAGGAGUAAGCCAUCGCUCGCUGAGACACUGAUACCCCUCAACCACACCUUGCUGCAGGAUGAAGAGACGGCGAAACCAAAGCUGUGUGAGAUGCCAGCGCCAUUUCUCCACACCACGGCCUUCUCGCUGACUCGUAACACCAUGGAUCGUUCUUGUAGUCUAUGCGAAACUGCCGCAAGACGUUGCGAAGCGAUGGGUACUGCUCUUGGAUCCCAUGCUCGGUGAGUCUGGGACGCUAUGUAGCUACGAGGGCGGGCCCAAUCGGUGAAGGAUGCGCAAGAGCAGUCUGGAGCAGAGCCCUGACAUGCUGCGCUUCCAUUGGCCGCGCACGGUGUGAUCAGCUACGGGAGGCUCGGUGCUGCAGGCCAUCGAAGUCCUCAUCUCUCACGGAGUGGAAGCGUCUCGGAUCCUAUUUCUCAACCUAGUCGCCAGUCCCGAGGGACUAGCAAAUGUAUAUGCUAGGUAUCCAGAAGUGAGAGUUAUUAGCGCUUGGGUCGACGAGGGGUUGGAUGAGAGGAAUUACAGUGAGUCCUGCGCUCUAUGGUCAUGGAGAUGAGCCCUCGCAAUGGCGAUCUCAUUGCUGAUGCGCUCCUUCCUUGCGUCUGCCCCUUGCUUUCACCUCAGUCGUGCCCGGUCUCGGAGACUUUGGCGAUCGAUACUUUUGCUGA